CUCUCUCACCCUCCCUGCGAUCCGCCGUUCACCUACCGCCUCCCUUCCUUCUUUCUCCCUCCGCCACUCGAGCACCAGCCGCGCUCUGAACUGCCCCCGGGGUCCCUCCCCCGCCGCCAGAGGAGCAGCCGCCGCCGCCGCCAACAGCAAAUUAGGAGGGAGGAAGGAAGGAAAGAGCCGGAGCGACUACCAAGAGGGAGCCAGUGAAUGGGCUUGUGGUGACCCUCGCCCCCCACCCCACCCUCCCUUCCCACCCGACCCCCAGCCCCCAUCCCCAGUGGAGCCGCCGCCCCAGAACCAGAACCGUCAUCUUAGGAGGAGUCGCCGCCACCACCUCCGCCAUGGAGCUGAUCACCAUCCUCGAGAAGACCGUGUCUCCCGAUCGGCUGGAACUGGAAGCAGCGCAGAAGUUCCUAGAGCGUGCGGCUGUGGAGAACCUGCCCACUUUCCUUGUGGAACUGUCCAGAGUGCUGGCAAAUCCAGGAAACAGUCAGGUUGCCAGAGUUGCAGCUGGUUUACAAAUCAAGAACUCUCUGACAUCUAAAGAUCCAGAUAUCAAGGCACAAUAUCAGCAGAGAUGGCUUGCUAUUGAUGCUAAUGCUCGACGGGAAGUCAAGAAUUAUGUUUUGCAGACUUUGGGCACAGAAACUUACCGGCCUAGUUCUGCCUCACAGUGUGUGGCUGGUAUUGCUUGUGCAGAGAUCCCAGUGAACCAGUGGCCAGAACUCAUUCCUCAGCUGGUAGCCAAUGUCACAAACCCCAACAGCACAGAGCACAUGAAAGAGUCGACAUUGGAAGCUAUUGGUUACAUUUGCCAAGAUAUAGACCCAGAGCAGCUACAGGAUAAAUCCAAUGAGAUUCUGACUGCCAUAAUCCAGGGGAUGAGGAAAGAAGAGCCUAGUAAUAAUGUGAAGCUAGCAGCUACUAAUGCACUCCUGAACUCAUUGGAGUUCACCAAAGCAAACUUUGACAAAGAGUCUGAAAGGCACUUUAUUAUGCAGGUGGUCUGUGAAGCCACACAGUGUCCAGAUACGAGGGUACGAGUGGCUGCCUUACAGAAUCUGGUGAAGAUAAUGUCCUUGUAUUAUCAGUAUAUGGAGACAUAUAUGGGUCCUGCUCUUUUUGCAAUCACAAUUGAAGCAAUGAAAAGUGACAUUGAUGAGGUGGCCCUACAAGGGAUAGAAUUCUGGUCCAAUGUCUGUGAUGAGGAAAUGGAUUUGGCCAUUGAGGCUUCAGAGGCAGCAGAACAAGGUCGGCCCCCUGAGCACACCAGCAAGUUUUAUGCUAAGGGAGCAUUACAGUACCUCGUUCCUAUCCUCACGCAGACACUGACUAAACAGGAUGAAAACGAUGACGAUGAUGACUGGAACCCCUGCAAAGCAGCAGGAGUGUGCCUCAUGCUUCUCGCCACCUGCUGUGAAGAUGACAUCGUCCCACAUGUCCUCCCCUUCAUUAAAGAACACAUCAAGAACCCCGAUUGGCGGUACCGGGAUGCAGCAGUGAUGGCUUUUGGCUGUAUCUUGGAAGGACCAGAGCCAAAUCAGCUCAAACCAUUAGUUAUACAGCUGUUGUAUUUUCAGGCAAUGCCCACCCUAAUAGAAUUAAUGAAAGACCCCAGUGUAGUUGUUCGAGAUACAACUGCAUGGACUGUGGGCAGAAUUUGUGAACUGCUCCCCGAAGCUGCCAUCAAUGAUGUCUACUUGACUCCCCUGCUGCAGUGUCUGAUCGAGGGCCUCAGUGCUGAGCCCAGAGUGGCUUCAAAUGUGUGCUGGGCUUUCUCCAGUCUGGCUGAAGCUGCUUAUGAAGCUGCAGAUGUAGCUGAUGAUCAGGAAGAACCAGCUACCUAUUGCUUAUCUUCUUCUUUCGAACUUAUAGUUCAGAAGCUCCUGGAGACCACAGACAGGCCUGAUGGACACCAGAACAACCUGAGGAGCUCUGCAUAUGAGUCUCUGAUGGAAAUUGUGAAAAACAGUGCCAAGGAUUGUUACCCUGCGGUUCAGAAAACUACCCUGGUCAUCAUGGAGCGACUGCAGCAGGUGCUUCAGAUGGAGUCACAUAUCCAGAGCACAUCAGAUAGGAUCCAGUUCAAUGACCUUCAGUCUUUACUCUGCGCAACUCUUCAGAAUGUUCUCCGGAAAGUGCAACAUCAAGAUGCUUUGCAGAUCUCUGAUGUGGUCAUGGCCUCCCUGUUAAGGAUGUUCCAAAGCACGGCUGGGUCAGGGGGUGUGCAGGAGGACGCCCUAAUGGCAGUUAGCACACUGGUGGAAGUUUUGGGUGGUGAAUUCUUAAAGUAUAUGGAGGCCUUUAAACCCUUCCUGGGCAUUGGAUUGAAAAAUUAUGCUGAGUACCAGGUUUGUUUGGCGGCCGUGGGCUUAGUGGGAGACUUAUGCCGUGCCCUGCAAUCCAACAUCUUGCCUUUCUGUGAUGAGGUCAUGCAGCUCCUACUGGAGAACUUGGGGAAUGAGAAUGUCCAUAGGUCUGUGAAGCCACAGAUUCUGUCAGUGUUUGGUGAUAUAGCCCUCGCUAUUGGUGGAGAGUUUAAAAAAUACCUGGAGGUUGUACUGAAUACUCUACAGCAGGCUUCCCAAGCCCAGGUGGACAAGUCAGACUAUGACAUGGUGGAUUAUCUGAAUGAGCUAAGGGAAGGCUGCUUGGAAGCCUAUACCGGCAUUGUCCAGGGAUUGAAGGGAGACCAGGAGAACGUACACCCGGAUGUGAUGCUGGUACAACCCAGAGUAGAGUUUAUUCUGUCCUUCAUUGACCACAUCGCUGGAGAUGAGGAUCAUACAGAUGGAGUAGUAGCCUGUGCUGCUGGACUGAUAGGGGACUUGUGUACAGCAUUUGGGAAGGAUGUACUGAAAUUAGUAGAGGCUAGGCCAAUGAUCCAUGAACUGUUAACUGAAGGACGGAGAUCGAAGACUAACAAAGCCAAAACCCUUGCUACAUGGGCAACAAAAGAACUGAGAAAACUGAAGAACCAAGCUUGACCCGUUACCAUUGGGAUGAUGACCUGAGACCCCCGCUGGAAAUCUCCAAUCUUUUGAAAAACCCGGAAGUGAGGAGUGUGCACGGAUGCUGAAUGUUUGGGAGUGAGAGGAUGAGUGAGUGAGGCUUGAAAACACACCACAUUGAAAAUCCUGCCACCGCAGCAGCCGCAGCCGCAGCCGCCAACAGCAGUGCUGUCAGUGAGCUAAGUAAGCCCUGACUUCGUAGGAAACCGUAAUGUUGGCCGUCUUGGAAAAGAGAGAAGCAAAGGAUUUACCUGCUAAAAAAGAAAGCUAGCUCUCCCCAGGAGAGGCUAGAACUAGCUUUUCUGUCUAUGGGCUGGUGCUGAGUGGAAUGACUAGGAGAGGAGGAGGGAUAGGUUCAGCUGUGGUGCUUUGUUGUGAAAGGCAGCCUGGCCUUUGCUACUGAUAAGAUGGAGCCUGGGUCUCAAGCCCACCUUUUGUAUACCUUUGCCAUGUGACGCCAUACGCGGGCUGGCUAAAAGGAGGGUGUGGGAUUCUUUACAGUCUGAGAAUGAGUGUGUGUGAGUGAGGCGGUAUCCACAUUCUCAACUUCAAGUCAUUGCAGUUUCUUUUUCCCAGAAAAAAAGGGGUUAGACAUUGCAUUUCAUAAAACUAACUGAAGUUCUGUCUACUGAUGCAGCACAAGAGAUGUAAAAAAGAAAAGGAAAGACGCUCUUCUAGGUUUUGUUUUGUUUUGUUUUUUUAAUUAUCUUCUGGGGAAAACACUGACGAAUGGUCAGAGCUCCCAUAUCCUAAUCUUUUCAUCAAGACGCCUUUCCUAAUAAUAUGAUUCAACUGUGAAUGUAGAAGUGGGGGGGAGGGGGGUGCAAAAGAAAACUCUGGAGUUAGAGGAUAUAGAUAAAACAGAAAUUACAAUUGUUACAAAUAAAGAAUGCAGACUUCAAAAACAAAAGGCCACAACCCAAACAAAUCCAAAUUUAAAUGCUCAGAAUUGGCAGCACAAAAGAAAAGUUCUCUCCUGACUUACAUUGUGGCAGUCUGAACACCCCCAGAAAAUUGUGCCAAAGAGUUUAGAAAACAAAUAUACAGUAAAAGUACACACAGACAGCAAACUUCAGGUAACUAUUUUGGAUUGCAAACAAAGAUAAAUUUAAUGUUUAAACACUCUGAUAAAAUAACCAUUUGGAAACUGCUCGGCCUUCUGUUCUCUUUUAUUUGAUUGACUAUAAUGCGAUAUUGGUCUCUUGCUGCACUUCAAAACCAACUAACCAACAAAACAAAAGGCAAAAAAUAUAUAUAUAUAUGAAGUGUGUGUGUACAUAUAUAUAUAUAUACAUACAUAUAUGUGCACACACACACUAGAACUCAUGAUGAAAAUGGCACUUGAAAAAGGUUAUAUUUUUCCACUGAAGUUGAAGAUUAAUAAAAUGGUGUCAAACAUUUCCCUGGUCACACACUUUAAUACUUUUUUUUAAAGUGUGAUAUGUUAUGAAAACCAUAAACCAAGACUUAGUUAUUUCCCCUUUUAUAAGGGAACAGGGCACCCUGAAUUCUGGGUUUAGAAUCUUUCAGCAAUAAGGAGGGAAUAUUAGUGAGCUUUGAUCCCUUUUGGUUUUGCAGUUGGAAAGUUUUGCUGGCAUUUUGAAUAUGCUGCUUUCAAAAACACCAAGGAAGAUUUUUAUUGCUUCUUGGUAUUUGGAGGAUAAAAGACAAGACCUUAAAUUCCCACUUUGAUUUCCAUUUUAGCAAAAAAAUACGGGCUUAUGUUUCUUCUCUGCCAUUCCCCCCCCCGUCCAAGCCUUCCCCCUCGUAUGUGGAAUUGGCUUGGUAUUGCCCAUCCAUAUGGCAGCAUCUCUAAUAGCUCUUGUACAGGGUAUCAGAUAUUGUGCCUUUUGGUGCCAGGUUCAAAGUCAAGUGCCGAUCUAUGAACCAGUGUACAAAAAAAAAAAAAAAGCCAGGUGUUUGAAGGAAAGACGCUCCAUUGUGAAUAAAGAGCUUGCAUCAGCUCCUAAGCCCUCAGAAGAGACCUGGUCCUCUUAAUGCCUUGUUUAAAUUUUAGUCCUUGAGGGAGAGGAUGAUCCAUUAACCAUUCCUGACAGAUGUUGGUCAGGGCUUAGGGAGGAGGGGGCAGGAAUAUCAGGGAGAAAAAAAUCUGAUCAUUCCUCAGUGCUACCCAUUUCUGUCCUGUGUGGGCUGCUUAGCUAGACAGCAGGAGAAUAAAGUACACCAAGAACCGUAAUGAAAACAAAACCUUCCGUGUGUUUUGUCAUGUUUUGUUCCAGGGAAGCAGUUGACAAGUGCUGUUACUAAUGCGUUCUCCCAGAUCCCUUCAGUGGCGGGGAGGAGGAAAACGGGCUGGGUGGAUUGUGGUCUCAGUGCCUUGCCGUUUUUCCGCACUGGUUAUGCAUUUAAGCCGCCUCUUUUCUAUUACCUUUGGCUAGCGGGUUUUCCAUAGUGUGGAGACCCUUAUUUGUCCUUAAUCAGUUGUACCGCCUAAGGCAACUGGAUGCAUAAUGCAUUCUGUCCACUCACUGUCUGGGCCUUCCCUACCCUAGUCUUGGCACAUUCCUUCAAGAAUGUAGUUACCGUCUGCUUGGGAAGAUGACAGUGCAAAUGUGAAGAAGAUGGACAUCAGACUAGGCUUUGGUUUGCCACACGUGGCAGCUGCCUGCCUGUAUCGAUUACAAUUACAUUUAUUAAUUUUGCUUUUCAUUUUCCCAGUUCCCAUCAGAUCCCCUCUGUUGAAAUCUUGGCUGUCAGAGGCAACAGUAAUAUUGCCUUAGGGACUUGUGGAGAAAGGGAGGGGAAUUGCUCAGUGUAGUGUUUCACUUUCAGAACCAAGUAAUCAGUCACUCUUACAUUUAAGAAGUGUGUUAGUCUGACUUUUAAGAGAAAUCCAAACUCCAACAAGCAUCUUGGUUUUUGAAACAACUUCAAUCUGUAAUUGGCAUUCAGAAUGCCCUUGGCAUGCCAGUCUGUGAUGGCAUUAAAGACCUGUUAAAACACUUGAGCCCAACUUUAUUAACCAAAACUGAUACCACCACCUUUAUCUUCUAAAUAAAGUCCGCUUUAUUUUUAUUUUCAA